AUGAGACAACAAAUCAUUGAGGGAGAAACGUUUGAAAUUCCCGAACACUACAAACUGCUACAAAUUAUUGGACGAGGAUCUUAUGGUGUCGUAGCAAGUGCCAUAGAUACAAGAAGCAAUGAGCGAGUAGCUAUCAAGAAGAUUUCUAACGUCUUUCAAAAGAAUAAGGAUUACCAGAAACGUAUUGUACGUGAAUUGAAAAUACUCAAACAUUAUAGUAGUAUACACGGACAUGAGAAUAUUAUUCAAUUGAAAGAUUUAGUAGUGCCACGAUCUGAAAAUGAGUUGAGAGAUUUGUACAUUAUCACUGAACUUAUGGAUUGUACAGUGAGAGAUGUUCUCAAAUCAAAUCAAAAUUUUACUGACAUUAACACCAAAUACUUUAUGUACCACAUGUUGAAAGGCCUCGCUUUUAUUCACAGCUCUGGUAUUGCUCAUAGAGACAUCAAACCACAAAAUAUUUUGGUCAAUGAGAGUUUUAGACUUGCAUAUUGCGAUUUUGGAUUGAGUCGAGGCGUAGAUAUUGACUCUAAAAUAUCGACCAAUGACAUUGCCUCGCUAUGGUAUCGAUCACCUGAAGUCAUCUUGGGAUACGAAUAUGGAAUGAAGCCUAUGGAUAUUUGGUCACUUGGAUGUAUUUUGGGAGAAAUGUUAUCCUCUGGGAAAGUUUUAUUCCAAGGGAGCUCGGCUCUUGAUGUACUCGACAAACAAUUGGAAUUGCUGGGAACUCCUGACGAAGAUUCAAUCAAGGGAUCGUUUAAAGCUGUCAAGUACUUGAAGUCACUGCCACGUAAAUCAAGACCAUCAUGGCAAACGCUAUUCCCUAACGCAUCAAGUGAAGCCCUCGAUUUGCUCGCCAAAAUGUUAGAAUGGGAUCCUGACAAGAGAAUCACAGCUGAACAAGCUCUUCAUCAUCCAUAUUUGUCUUUCAUCAGAGAACAAUAUGUGAGUGAUGAGGAAAUUGUUUGUGAAUCAAAGUUUGAUUACCGUUUUGAUGAAUCGAUGAAAACAGAGUCUGUACGAAAAUUCCUCUACGAAGAAUUGAAACAAUUUGUUCAACAGUACUCUCAUAAUCCAUCAUCCUUUAGAAACGCUGAUGCCACCUCUGACAAUGACACGGUAAAGUCUCCUCUCACAACGACAAGGACUAUUGGAUGCACUAAUUAA